AUGCUCCAAGCCCAGAGGGAAGGCUACAACCUCAGUGUGCUCAAAUCAAGGGAGGCAGACACCCAAUGCAGGAGCAAAGUGGUUGUCAUGCUCAAGGUCCACAUGGACAACUUGCACACAUGCUUCACCUAUUGCAACAAUAAGGUGAAGAAGUGGAUAUGUCAGAAGAGUCGAAGGUCUGUUGAGCUGAGAAGGGUGUCCUGGAAGGCAGUCAAGUCCUGGGUCAAGGCACAUGUGAAGGAUAUUGCCCAUGUCAUUGGCAUCAUGGGUUUAUCAGCAAUCCUCAAGCUGUUGGGCUACAGAGAACUGGAGCACAUGGUGCAUGACCUGCUGGGGUUGGGAGAAGCUGAGCAGGCGGCCAGAGAGAUUUGGGAUGACAUUGAGGGGGGGGGGGAGCCCCCCCUCAUCUAA